AGCCGGCCGGCCGGCCGGCGGUCGCUGGUCAGCUGACCGCCGUGCGGCCGCACCGCCUGGGGCUGUGGGCGGACUGGGCCUGCGUGCCGAAGCUGGGAGCUGGCAGUCAGUGCGGUACGGAUCUGUGUGAGUGAAUACAUGUCCCGCAGAUAUGCCUCUUUAACAAUUGGCGACGAGGACAAUUACGAAUUUAAUUUUGUUGAGGCAUGGCGGGCGAUUCAAGAGGAAGAGGCUUUGAUGCUUUCAAGCCUGGUGAGGAUAAUUGGGAAGAGUGGAAGGAACGUCUGGAAUUCUACUUGGAGUCUGAAAAUAUCACCGAGAGUGACAAGAAGCGUUCUGUGUUGCUCACCGUGUGUGGUAAGGAGACGUACUCUUUGGUGAAGAGCCUGGUAUCGCCGAACAAGGUGAGAGACGCAUCUUUCGAUGAUAUUGUCUCGUUGUUGGACCGUCAUUUGCAGCCAAAGCCGUCUGUGACAGUGGCGCGCUUUCAAUUUAACAUGUGCGUAAGGAAGAGCGAUCAGACUGUGUCUGCUUACAUUGCUGAGCUGCGUCGUCUCACUGAACACUGUCAGUUUGGCGUCACAUUGGACGACAUGUUAAAAGACCGCCUUGUGUGUGGUGUGAGUGAUGGGCAGAUGCAGAAAAGGCUGCUAGCUGAAGAUGAACUGACUUUUGCUCGUGCACAAAAGCUGUGUCUGUCCAUGGAGGCUGCUUCCAGAGACGCAGGCAUUCUGACUGGCACGUCCACACGAGCGGUCGAGCCGUCUGGGGAAGGAGCUGUCAACAGGAUGGACCAGCAGUUCUCGAGCUGCUCACGCUGCGGAAGACGGCACGGUCGAGACAGAUGUCGUCAUACGGCGACGACCUGCUUCAAGUGCGGUAAGGUUGGCCACCUUGCGCGGGUGUGUCGUGAUACGAAACCGAACCUACCUGGAAAGAGGCAGUUCAAAUCAUCAUUUGAUAAGAAACGUGAUGGGGAUGCGAGAUAUGUUGCUGAAGGACCUGAAGGAGGGACACGGGAGCAUGAGCUGUCAGAGCACUCAAGAUUCCGAUUUGGAGCAGAUCAAAACUGUCAUUCACGCUGUCAGUAACAAAAAGAAACCGGCAACGGUGACUGUUGGGAUAGAGGGCGUGGAUGUUGUGAUGGAACUGGAUACGGGUGCUUCUUGUUCUAUCAUAAAUGAGUCUACUUACAAACAGCUGGAGUCGACCAUCAAGCUGCAGGCGCCCCAGUCGGUCCUCAGGACCUACACGGGACACAAGAUACCUGUGCUGGGCGAGGCUGUGGUGGACGUCCGCUACGGCUCCAACGAAUGGUGGCUUCCCGUCAUCGUCACGAAGGGAAGUGGUCCGAAUCUCCUGGGACGAGACUGGCUGAGUCACAUUCAGCUGGAUUGGAGAAGCGUCUUCUCGGUAUUGCAGAGAUUCCAGGAUGCUGGCCUGAGAGUUUCGGAGAAGAAGUGUCGCUUCUGCGUCGACGAGGUUGAAUACCUGGGACAUCUGAUCGACGCUGCCGGCUGCCAUCCAUCUGGGAAGAAGAGCGUCGAAGACGACCUGUCGCUGGAUGCCGGGAGGAUCGCUCAGCUCAUCAGUCGUGACGCUCUCCUCAGCAGGGUGCUGACCGCCGUCCAGUACGGAGAGUGGCCGGAGGACCAGAGCCUGCAACCAUACCGGAUCAGGAGAGAUGAACUGUUCAGAUCUCUGUGCACCAUCUUCGGACUGCCGGAUACCGUGGUGACCGACAACGGGCCAGCCUUCGUGGGCAGAGAGUUCCAACAGUUCGUCAAGAGGAACGGCAUCAGGCACGUCACGACGGCACCGCAUCAUCCGGCGAGUAAUGGUCUCGCGGAGAGGUACGUGAGGGAGGUGAAGUGUGCUCUUAAGAAGUCUGUUGAUGUGUCAUUGCACCUAAGAGUUGCUAACUGGCUAAUUAAGCAGCAUACUACCGCUAGUUCUACCACUGGUGUGUCCCCUGCAUACCUGAUGUUCGGUCGGGAACUAAAAACACGGCUGCAGCUGCUGCAUCCAGACGUGGCGGGUCAAGUGGAGCGUCGCAUGGACUCUCAAAAGCGACACUAUGACUCUGGCCGUCGCCCUAAGAGUGUUCUCGUGUCCGACAGGGUUUAUGCGAGGAGCUACGGCGCCGGCCCGGCCUGGCGGGCCGGAACGGUGGUGGACCUGGCGGGUGGCGCCAUGGCCAGCAUCCGUCUGGAUGAUGGGCGUGUCUGGCGGCGGCAUCUCGAUCAGUUGCGUCCCAUCGCUGAUCUAUCUCCGGCUUCUGAUGUGAGCGCGCCAGUCCCGUCUCCGCCUCUGGACCAGUGUGCAGCGCGGCGACUGGCUGGACCACUGCCGGUGGUGGAGGAGCCGGCGGCGGCCGCGCGCAGGCCGCCUGACAGUGCGGUACCUGACAGUGUGGUACCUGCUGGUGCUCCUGCCGUUCCUGCGGGUCAGCUGGCGGAGGAGAACGGAAGUACGGCCGCCCGGGCCAAAGACUCCGCAACUGAGCUGCCACCUGGGACUGAUCCAGACGAUCUGGCUCCGUCCCUCCGGCGCUCCACACGAGUUCGGAAACAGACUGACUUUUUCCGGUUCUGAGUGUCGGCUGCGGCCGCUGACUGAAAUGUACUUCUAACUGCUUGGGUUGUGAACUGGUGUUCGUUCUUCCUACAAAAGACAGUUGUUGAUCUUUAAAGGGAAGGGCGAGUGUGGUAACUUGCACCUCUAACUGGCCGGCCGGGCGGCGGUCGCACCUCUAGCCGGCCGGCCGGCCGGCGGUCGCUGGUCAGCUGACCGCCGUGCGGCCGCACCGCCUGGGGCUGUGGGCGGACUGGGCCUGCGUGCCGAAGCUGGGAGCUGGCAGUCAGUGCGGUACGGAUCUGUGUGAGUGAAUACAUG